AUCUUCAUAGUGGUAAUAUACUUGUUAUUAGUCAAAAUAAUGUAAAGAUAGGAGAUUUUGGAAUAAGCAAACCAGCAAAUUCGACAACAGAUACGAAAGAGAUAUAUGGAGUGAUUCCAUAUAUUGCACCGGAGAUUUUUAAUGGAGAAAAAUAUACGACUGCAUCAGAUAUUUACAGUUUUGGAAUGAUUAUGUGGGAAAUGACAAUUGGCCAAAAGCCUUUUUCUGAUCGCAAUCAUGAUGAAUAUCUUAUUCUUGAUAUUCUUAAUGGUCUUCGUCCUGAAUUAAUUAACGAUUUACCACAACAAACUUCGGAUUACUAUCAAUCUAUCAACUUAAAUUAUAAAAGUUUAGAGUAUAAUCAAAGCCUAAUGAUUGGCAAUGUAUCAAAUCAAUUAGAAAAGCCUAAGUUUUAUAACGAUUCAACUGACGAUGGUACGUAUGUAAAAUAA